AUGAAAAGCAUUCCUACAAGCUUCCCUUCAACAAAAUCUUUGUUCAUCAAUAUCCUAACACUCUCUCUUGUUUGUUCUGCAUGUGUUUGCAAAAUUCACGUUGACAUCUCCAACCAUCUGCCUGAUGGAUCACCUCCUCUAACCGUUCGUUGCCAAUCGGCAGACGAUGAUUUAGGAUACCAUGAAUUGUACCCGAAUCAACCGAGCUAUACUUGGGCAUUCAGGCCUGAUUGGUGGUUAGGAACCACUCUGUUCUUUUGUCACUUCUGGUGGGACGGAAAGGAUGCAGUGUUUGAUGUGUAUAAUGAGGACUGGGGAACCACCUAUUGUGCUCGCUUCAAAACGGUGGGUCCUUCGUGGAGUCCUAUCACGGAGGAGCUAUCGAAUACGUGUUAUUGGCAAGUGAUGUCUGAUGGCAUCUACUUGAGCAGAACAAUUGAUCCAUUUAGCAGUGAGGGAUCAUGGGUGCAAACACAUAAGUGGGGAGACAGAUGA